GACAAGGCUCUAGGUUAGAAUUUUUAGUAUUGUUAUCUUCAUUGCUGGACAGGCUUGUUAUCGAAUCGUGUAAAUUCUGUUGCGCUUUUAAUUGGGAUCGACAAUCUUGACAAUCACCACAGGACAUGAUUGAAUUUGGAAUACUUUUUUUGGAGAUUUCAAAUAUCGUUUAAAAAUUUUUUAAUAAAUACUAGUAUGAUACCGAAAUAUAAAUUUGAUGCUUGGUUGCGCUACACAGCGCGAAAUUGUCGCGAAUGAACAUCACUUAUAAAACAAGCUGAUAACCGAUAGAUAAAAAAUAUAAAAAAUAUUAAUAUUUGACAACCCCGUUUUUGAAAAAUAAAUUUUGGACGCUAACCAAAUUUCAAUGAUUCUUAACAAUUUGAAAUUAAUGUAAUUACACAGUGCUCUGCAUUUCGUAUGGAUUAUUUUACAAAACUUCUAGAUUAGUUAGCGAAGCAUUAGAAUAAAUUAUUAGUCUCCAAGUUAUUUUUAAAUGUAACAAGGAAAGAGAAAAUGUAUGCGCCUUACGACGUGUACAAUUUUUGCGAUUUGUGCCAAUCAGCUUGUCUCGGGAACGAAGUCGAAAUAGUGCGAAAACGCACUGCCGAUCUUCGUAAAAAGGUAAAACUCUUGGAGGGUGACAUAAUAAAUGAUGCUGACGAUUGCGGACCCAUUUUCACGAUUGCGACGGGCGAAUCCUCUUACAAUUUAAAAAGCCCGCCGAAAACGGUACCUCCUUGCAAUUACCAGGUUUACCCAGUCACUGUGCCAGGAUGUCAUUUCUCCCAGUGCAUUCACUCUGGAGCUGCCUCCUAUUCGAUUGCUCCUGAAAUAUUUGAUCUUGAUGACAAAGAUGCAAUCGCUAAAUCAGCGAGUACAGGAUGCUCGAGGGACAGAUCGCUGGAAAAUUUGAAAAGCCAAAUAAAGGAAAAGGACGUUCGAGUGAAGACUAUCAGCUGCGGGACACUCUUGGAUCAGAAUUCAUCGAAUGAUAAUGCAACGAAAACAUCAACGGAGUGUAAAGAAAUGAUGCAGCUUUGUACCGCACUGAUAAACGAAUUGCGCGAGGCGAGGACAGACUUGACGACUAUUGUGAAUAAAUGUUUAAAAGAUCGUUCGAAUAUCGAUAACGUCAGUACAUCCUCCAGCAAGGCCGACGAAAAGGUGGUCACUGGCAAAGCAGAACAUUCGCGAGAGAUCGAACGGAAAAAAAGUUCGAGCAAAAUGUCAAAGUGUAGAGAAAAGAAGAAAUGGGGGAAAAUAAAGAAGGAUGAAAAAUUAACGGUAGACGAUAAGAUCGAUCCACAUGCAACAGAGGAUAAGAAGCUUGCGAGACCGGAAGUUUUGGCAACACUGGUCGAUUGCCUAGAGACUAUGAAGAGUCGAUCGGAAUGCACGUCGGUGGUCGAAGAAUUGAUCGAUCGGCUGGAAAAUAAAAUUAUUAUAAAAAGAGCAUGCGACUGUUCUUCGGAUAUUAGACACAAUGAUGUCAAGUCUUUCAAGCAGAAUGUUGAAAAUUCACCCUCCUCCUCUUAUCAACGUACCGCAAACUGCCCGCUCGUCCAAUUUCGUGAAGACAAUAGCACGAAUGAGAAUACGGUUCAAGAAGCGGCAGAUCAUCAUAAGAACAAAAUAAGUGAGAAGGAAUUCCAGACGCAAAAGGAUCAUUUGAAAAAACUCGAAAACGAUUCAGGUGAAACUAAAAAUGUUGCUGAAAGAGCCAAUAUAUCUUCGACCGUCAAGAAUUCCUUCAUGAAUGAAACUGUGGAAAAAUCGGCUGAAAAUAAAAAGGUCUUUAACUAUCAAGAGAGUUACGGUGGAUGCUGUUGCAGUGGUAACAGACAGCCUUAUUGCACGUGCGGAUCACAUCCCGAGCCCCCUUGUGGUACUAAGGCUUUGACAGUAAUCAAGAAGUGUACUCAAAAGACAGAUAAAAAAGGCAAACAACCAAAAGAGAGCAAAUCGACAACUAGGAAACGACCGUGCUUUCAUAUUUGGCCAGAAAACACGCGAUGCUUAAAACGAUGUCCAAAUCGAUCAUAACUAAAUUAAAAUCUUAUAUAUCAUCUAUUAAUUUU